AGGACCCAACAGAGGAGGUGCUAGAGAUGCCUGAAAACUCAGAGAAUCCUCUUCGAUGUCCUGUCCGACUUUAUGAAUUCUACCUCUCAAAAUGUUCUGAAUCAGUGAAGCAGCGCACAAACCUGUUCUACCUGCUCCCAGAGCGCUGCUGUGUCCCGAACAGCCCCCUGUGGUUCUCCUCCACACCACUGGAUGACACCACCAUGGAGUCUAUGCUGGUCCGCAUCCUGUCAAUGAGAGAGCUGCACCCCAAAUACAACAGUAACCAUGGCAACGACAAUUUUGACUCCCUGGACGACAAACCGUACAUACCAGAAGAGGAGGAUUCGGAAUGACGCUGAAGAUGCUAAAUCGGCUGACGUGGCAAAUCCGGCUUCUGUCUUUUUGUAAAUAUUUCUAUGGACAAAAAAACAUUUAUGUUGUGUUUUUACAAGAUGAAAAGAAAAACCGGUCAAGUUGCACCAAGGAUUCGUAAUGUUGAUCUACACAGAACUGUCAAAAAGGACAAUUUGACACUACAUUUUCACAAAAUUUGCUGUUUUUUGUGAUUAAAAUCUGCAGUUUAUUCUUUUUCGCACACAAUCAUUUUGAUUUUUUUCAUUAUUUUCAACUCUUAAAUCUCUUGUCAUUUCUUUUUUUCCAAUCAUUUACAGAGUUUCGCAGUUUAUCAAGUGUCAUUGCACAUAUUUAAGCACAAAUAGCCUUUCCUGUUCAGUUUAUUAAGGUAAAUCCAUAUCUUUUAAAAUGUCUAUCAAGUCAUUUUCAGUGACAUAAAUUGCUGCAACCUAAAAUACUACUGAAAUACUACUGAAAAUAAUACUAAAAUAAUACUGUAGCUUUCAAUUUCUAUCAAUACUUUCUCAUGUGGGGUUACUUGCCACCAUAACACAAUUGCACAAGAAAAAAUUAUUUGUAACGGUUAUCAAAACAGAUCAAAACUAAUAAUAUGAAUGGAAUUAUUAGUUAUAUUUUAUAUUCAGGAGUUGCCUUGGCUAAUAACAAGACUUUUAAACUCUAAUUUGAAGUAUUUGGAAGAGAUAUGCUAAAAACAAGGCUAUAUUUCUAUAUUGUCAGAGCAACAGCCUUUAUUAGGUCUCUAAACCAGAUGCCCUCCCAGAUCCACAAUUUUAAUUUUGAGGCUUUACUACUUUGCCUUUGCCACUUUGAUUAGUUUUCAUAUAUUUUAAUCACUUAAUUUUUUUUCUUCCUUUUUUUAACCAAACAUUUAUUUUUGUUUUCUUUUUAUAACCACUUUAUAAGCUUAAUUUAGUUAUCAUUUCUUAGAUCAUAUCUGGAACCCAUCUCUAGCCAUGGUAGAGUAGAUACUGUCUAGGAAACACUGUAUAUUUUUGCCAUUUAAGAAAUUAAUCGUCUGAAAAGCUCUCGCACAAAAGUAUUGAAUGUAAAAAAGUAAAUGCGGACAUUGUCAAGUAAUUCACUGAAGGAUCUAAAUGUUUCUCUCCAUAACAUAAGACUGUUCUCCAAUGUGAGUCUCCAUUUUCUAUUGUAUGAUCUUUUUCAAUAAAACACAAAACAAGGCU